AUGCAGGGGCUCCUCAUCUGCUGCCUUGUGGCCCUGGCCACAUGUCAAAGUCUUCGUUAUGACCUCGGCCUGAACCCCAGGAAAACCUAUGAGUACAAAUAUGAGGGAACGGUGAAUUUUGGACUUGGCAUGCCAAACCUUGCAGAGUCUGGUGUAAGAAUGACAUGCAGGGUGAAGAUUGUUGGUGCAUCUGCACAAACAUUUGUCCUUCAGGUCUCUGAGUUGGCCUUCGAGGAGUUCAACGGCUUCCCGGGGAAGAACGGCUUUGAUGCGUCCCCAAAGCUCUCCCGGCGUAUUGCUGCCCAGCUCGUCAAACCUUUCAUGUUUGACUACGCCAGUGGACAUGUCGGUGACAUCCGCGCCCCUGCUGAUGUUUCUGACACUGUUGUCAACAUUGUGAGAGGGAUCCUGGGUUUCCUCCAGGUCACUGUCAAGACCACACAGAGGGUGUAUGAGCUCGAGGAGAUUGGCAUCCACGGCAAGUGUCAGAGUAACUAUGCCAUCGAGGAAGACACAGAAACGAAGGACAUGACCAUCACUCAGGUUGUUGAUGUCGGUGGCUGCAGGGAGAAAGCAGCAAUCUACAGGGGAAUGGCUACAGCUGUGCUCGACCAAGUCUCCCAACAGAGAGGUGAAUCCGUCAUCUCAACAGUGAGAUAUGUUUACACCGUCAAACCAACAGCCGAGGGAGGUCUCAUUACCAAGGCUCACGGCCUGGAGCGACAGCACUUCAGUCCCUUCAACGUGAAGGGCGGCAGUUUCAAGAUGCAAGCAAUGAAGGAAAUGGUGCUGCUCGGCGUGAGCGACACAGCCAGAGCCGUCACGUAUGGGCCAAUGGAAAGCAAGGGCAACCUUGUUUACAAGUUUGUGAAUGCAGAAGCUAACGUCCCCAUCAUGAUGCAGAACCUGGAUGACCCAGUGCCAAAGGCUAUUGAGAUGAUCAAACACCUGGCUGAGGCUAAUAAAUACGACAUUGACAGUGCUACCACUGAGGUCACUAUAAAGCUGUACCAACUUCUCAGAGUGAUGCCUUAUGAAGGAUUAGACACUAUGUGGAAGCAAUUUGCAGGAAAUGAACUGUACAGACAUUGGUUUUUGGACAUGAUUGUUGAGGUCAGCGAUGCCAGGAUCCUGAAGUUCCUGGAAAUGCGGUUCCAGGCUGGCGAUGUGUCGCCGUCAGAAGCUCUGCAAGCAGUUCUGCUCUCUAUCAACCACCUUCAGCCAAUUCCAGAGCUGGUUGAGAUGGCUAAAAUGUUCCUAACCAUGCCCUUCAGUAAAUCCAGCACCUAUCUGUGGCACACUGUGGUGCUUAGCUACGGCUCUCUGGUGUACAAGCACUGUGCCUAUUAUUCACCGUGUCCAGUAAAUGCUGUUCAGCCGCUGCUGGACAUGGCAUUGGAGAGUCUGAGGAAUGGCAAUGAGGCGGACAUGGUCCUCGCUCUGAAGGCUCUGGGGAAUGCGGGUCAUCCAGGCAGCAUUAAAACCAUCAUGCGCUUCCUCCCGGGUGUUGCUGCCACCCCUGUGGAUCUUCCGCCUAGUGUGCUCAGUGCAGCUGUACAGUCUAUGAGACUCAUAGCUGCAAGAGACCCUCACAGCGUCCAAGAGAUCACCAUCAGUCUUUUCCUGCAGAAGAACCUUCCCACCGAGUUACGCAUGCUGUCCUUCAUGAUCCUGUUCGACACGAAGCCACCGAUGGCUCUGGUGUCCACGGUGACUGCACAUCUCCUGGAAGAGAAGGACCUCCAUGUUGUUAGUUUCGCGUACUCCUACUUGAGAAGCUUUGGCAGAUCCAACACACCAGAGAAUUUCUUCCUCUCAACUGCCUGCAAUGUAGCCGCGAAGAUCCUGGCUCCUAAGUUCGGUCGUCUCAGCUAUCACUUCAGCAAAGCAAUGCGCAUGGACUGGUUUAAUGAGGAUUUCCUAAUUGGAACGGCAGCAGAAGUCUUCAUGCUCAGAAGUGCAACAAACGCCUUUCCCACUGAAAUCUUGAUGAAGUCAAAGUUUUUCUUCAUUGGCAGAAUUCUGCAGCUGCUCGAGAUUGGUAUCCGUGCAGAUGGACUUAAGGAUCUGUUUGGCACUGAUCUUAGCUUUGGUGACUUCCAGUCUCUCUUCAAUGUUCUUCAGAACUGGGAAACUAUGCCGAGCAACAAGCCCAUCCUCUCUGCCUUUUCACGCGCCUCUGGACAAGAGUGGUUUUUUGCUGAUAUUGACAAAGAGUUCAUUCGGAACAUCAUCGGGGCUGUCAGCCUUUCCGCAGGCAAGGAAAGCCCUCUGUGGGCCACGAUUGAAAACUUACAGAGGGGAGUAUCAUGGCACCGCAUGAAGCCUUUCUUAAUCUUUGAGGUUCGCUACUUCCAAGCUACCACCCUGGGUCUCCCGCUGGAGAUUAGCAAAUAUUAUGAAUCCGUCAAUGGGAUCACUGUAAAUGCCAAAGCUGCUGUGAACCCACCGCCGACUGAACGUCUUGGACAGCUGUUGAAUUCUGAAAUUUCACUGGAGUCUGAUGGUUUUAUUGGCUGCACAAAGGAUUUUUGGGUUUUCUAUGGUAUCAACACGGAGUUGUUCCAGGUUGGCUCUGAGUUGAAGAGCAAAAUGCCUUUCGCCCUCCCCUGGAAGUUUACAGCCAAGAUCAACGUCAGAGAGAAGAAGUUUGAACUUGACUUCGUUCCGAGCAAGAAAGACUUUACUCUCUUUGGAGUCAGCUCCAAUGUGUACGCAGUCACCAGGACCAUCGAAGAGCUGGCCUCAGCUAAAAUGACUCCAAUAAUGCCCAUUGCUGAGGACUCCAAUCAGGACGUCGAUAGCAGGGGUCCCACAGUUGUGAGUCCAGAGUCAGAUGAGUUCCUGACACCGAACACCUGGCAUCCAAGAGCCAGAAUGUGUGCCGAGAGUACGAUUUAUGGAGCCGGUAUCUGUGUGGAGUCUGAGCUGCAGAGAGAGUAUUACCAUGAGGAAUACCCCCUGUACUACUUCCUGGGCUACACCAACCUGGGAGUGAAAGUAGUCCCAGUCCAGGCAGUCAGAGCUGUUGACAAAAUCCACUUGGAGGUGAAUGCCGGACCAAGCAGACACCCAAUGAGCACACGCCAACUGCUUGAGACUUUGAGGAGGCUUUCCAAGGAGGCCACCCAGGGAGUGCGCCUGUCAUCUGAUUCAGCCUCAAGUGCCGAAAGAUCUCACAGCAGCCAACAUGACGCUGUGAUAGAGAGCUCGAACUCAACACCUGAAGCUGUGCUCAGUUUUAAAGCCUUCGCCAUGAGUGGCAACCAGAAGCCUGAGGGAUACGAUGCAGCCGUCUACUACACACCGGAGGCAAACGUUCAGAACGCACAGCUGAUUGUGUCUGAGGUUGGAGAGGACACCAACUGGAAAAUGUGCGUCGACACCGUUGUGAAUGCGCGCACCCAGGCAAAGGCACACAUUAAAUGGGGAGCUGAAUGUCAGUCCUAUGAAAUGUCAAUGAGAGGUGCAACUGCACAUCUGCCUGGAUCCAAGCCAACGCUCAAGGCCAAAGUAGAGUGGAUCAGGAUCCCUGAACAAAUGGCAGAGAUCGGCAGAAGAAUUGGAAGCUACAUCCCAGGCAUGGCUUUCCUCCUCGGCUUCUCCGAGCAGCACGAGAGAAAUGCCAAGCAGGAGGUUUCUGCAUCGGUCGUUGCCGCCUCAGCAGACAGCGUCAAUGUGAAAAUUAAAUUCCCUGAGUAUACAGUCUACCGCCAGGCUAUUCCAGUUCCGCUGCCACCUGCCAGUUUUCUGGAGAUUCAACCCGACAUCAGAAACACAACAAUAGACAGCUUUGGCCAGGCAUGAAAACAUAGAGACAACAAAGCCCAGAUGGGAGCCAGAUGCCUCUUUUCAAAGUGAACGCCACAACCGAAAAAAAAAUCUCGCCACCGUGAUGAAAGUGGGGAUCAUAAAAGAUGCAUCAGUAAUCCGUCAGAUGUCACCAGUUUGGAAAUAACCUGUAAACUUCCUGAUUCACUCAUUUGAAGGCACGUAAAUAUUUGAUCACCUCCUGUUGAUGAAACAUUGUGUAAAUUCAUGGUUUAUGUUCCAAAAAUAUCAUAACCUCAUAAAACAUUUGGCACAAAAAAAAAUGGUUCAGUGAGUCUGUUUCUGAUUAUUUCAAUAUAAAUCCUUUGUUCAUCCAAACAUUGUGUUAAAUCUGUGUAUCUCUGAUUAUAAUGCAGAGCAACCUGUUCUGUCUUUGACAGGAACAACAUUUAA